CUUGUUAUUACGCUUGCGCUUGCCACGAGGAGAAAGCCGCACCUGCGUCGUCGCCUUUGCCCUCGCCCAGGGCUCUUAUUAUCUCAUCCCCUCCUCCCUCCUCACCUUCGGCAUCUACGAUCCAUUCCUAUCCCAAACAUCCCACCGACCUCCCUCAGAAGCCUCAACAGGCAUACUUUAGCCCACAUCGAGUCCCUUCCUCAACCAGGUCCUCGACCUCUUACCGAUUCUCCCCCGCCACUGCUUCGACAGAGACGGUCAACGAGUGCUGCGCGCCAACUUGCGCGCAGCCACCCCGCACAAAAAGAAAGAUGGGUUUCUCGAAGACGCAGAGGAUCUGUAUUCUCCUGGGCAUAGACUCUGUCUUUUUCUUAAUCGAAUUGGUCGUCGGUUAUGCAGUGCAUUCUUUGGCCCUGGUGGCCGAUUCGUUUCAUAUGUUAAACGAUGUCAUCUCUCUUUGCGUUGGGCUAUGGGCUGUCCGUGUCGCCAAUACCGGAAGCUCGAAGAUGUACACUUAUGGCUGGCAACGCGCCGAAACAUUGGGUGCUCUUGUCAAUGGAGUCUUUCUGGUUGCUCUCUGCUUGUCCAUCUUCCUGGAAGCAAUCCAGCGAUUUGUCGAACCACAGCCUGUAUCCAAUCCCAAACUCGUUCUCAUUGUCGGCUGUCUCGGACUUGCAUCCAACAUCCUCGGACUCUUCCUUUUCCAUGAGCACGGCCACAGCCACGGCGAGAAGGACCAUUCACACGAGGAGGAUGCCGUGAGAUCGGCCGAAGAAGGCCAUGGUCAUCUCUAUGACGACGAUAGAGAAACGCAGAAAAUUGUGGACGAACAUGGUAACAUCGAAGACAUUCUUCCACAAUUCCGAGUGGGCAGCUUCAGCAGCCCUUCGCGCCGUGCCUUCACAAAGUCUGAUGAAGAGAAUACAACCAUCUCGGCUAGAUCUUCCAACACCCCGAAUCGUAAGUCGAUCGCUAAUGGCGAGGUCCAUCCCCGGCACCGUCGUCGCACCUCAGGCUCCUUUGGUCGGGGUUUCGGCUCGGUCGACAACAUCCACAUUCACCCAGCCUCAUUUCGCCAGGAUAUUAUCCAAGCUGCGCGGUUGGAAGAGCGAUCUGAAUCUGAAGCGUCAGAAGAAGACGCCUUGCUGGUGGAGCCGGAUUCGCCAGAGCAACGUCAGGAAAGAUCUGCGGACGGCCUGCAAUCAUCCUCCAAGGAUGACAAGCGAUUUGCUGGCUAUGGCAGCAUAAGCAAACGAAAGAGCGUUGACUACAAUCACGCGGCACACAACCACAAUCAUCAAAAUGAUGGCUCCAAAUCGAGCCACGGACAUGGCGGGCAUGGUCACUCCCAUGGCGAUCUCAAUAUGCGGGGAGUUUUCCUCCAUGUCAUGGGCGAUGCUCUCGGGAACAUUGGUGUUAUAGUGACUGCACUGAUCAUCUGGCUGACGACGUUUCCCGGACGCUAUUACUUUGACCCAGCAAUAUCCCUUGUCAUUACCAUCAUUAUCCUGGGCAGUGCCAUACCACUCUGCAGAGCAGCCGGGCGGAUCCUCCUACAGGCAGUCCCUGUGGGCAUGUCGAUCGACGAAAUCACAGCAGACAUUGAAUCACUACCACGAGUUAUUGAGGCACACCACCUCCACGUAUGGCAACUCAGUGAUACUAAGCUUGUGGCGAGCCUACACGUGAAAGUUGAUUGCGAGAUUGACGGCACCGGAUCUGCCAGCUACAUGCAUCUGGCACGGGAAAUCCGAGGCUGUCUACACGGCUACGGUAUCCACAGCUCGACAAUCCAGCCCGAGUUCGUGAAUGAAGCGGAUCCACAUGGUGUUGAAUCAGGAGCUGAUCCUGAUGAGGGUGCUGGUAGCGGGCAUUUGACUCCGAAGAACAAUGGGAACGCCAGUAAGACUGCAAGUCUUAGGAGCGAAGGCCAGCCAGCCUGUUUACUCGAUUGUGGUGACAUGUGCGCUGGGAGCAAGAUGUGCUGUCCAAAUGACGGCAAGAAUGGGAAGAAAUAAAGGGUUCCAGCGAUCAUAAUAUUUGUUUGACUCUUACUAUUGGGAGAGUUAUUGGCGGUCUUGCGCAUACAGCAGGUCUCAGGCUGUUGUAAUGGAGAAGAUUAAUCGGGUUGAUUUCAUUGCAAGUCCGGGAAGUCGAAAGACUGGAGGUCUAAAAGCAUUGUAGGUAGAACUUGCCUUGAACUUUUGUAACGUUACAUGAAGACGUCAUUGCCCUUGUUGGUGCAUUCCGUGUCUGUGACCCUGGUAUCUUUUCAGACAGUGGUCUUCAGAUAGUCCACCAGGUCGAGGAAAGAAAUCCAAUUUGCACAAGCUCAGCUGCUAAAGCGCUAAUGUUACAC